UUUUCGUCAUCGUAACCAUCGUCAGCAUCGUCGUCAUCGUCGUCAGCAUCAGCUGACGACGAUGACGUCGCCUCUCGAGCGACUGCACCGGGGCCUCGCCGCGGCCGUCACCGCCCUGCGGUUCCCCCGCGCCGGCGCUCGCCCCCCCCCCCCCCACCUCCCGUCGGUUCCGUCCGCUGGCCAGGGCCCCUUGGACACGGUGUGGCCUGCGGCCACCUCCUUGCUGCUUUCCUCCAUUGCGACGUGCAAAAAAAAAAAACCCCUCCACGCUUUCGUCGUCAUCGUCAUCAUCGUCAUCAUCGUCAUCAUCAUCCACGUCAUGGCCGUGGACUCUCCGCUGCCGGAUGAAUAUCAACACGACGUCUCUGAUCACGUGCGCUCAGGAAUCCGCGUGGGCCUCUCCCUGCCUCCGAGGGCGACCAUAUCCCCGGCCAGCGGUGGAGCCAUGGACUCGGAUAAUCCCCUGCAGCUGCCGGAGGGCACUCCCGUCUCGCUGAAGUUCGUGCAGGAUCUCCCCGGCGCGCGAGACAAACUCCACGAGCCGGGCCACGUGGAGGGCCACGUGGAGGGCCACGUGGAGGGCCACGUGGAGGGCCACGUGGAGGGCCACGUGGAGGGCCACGUGGAGGGCCACGUGGAGGACCUUGUCAUCACGGAGGGCUCUGGAGACCACAUGGGGAAGAUUCCAGACACACGAAAUAGAAUGGCGUGGCGAGACGGAUACGCGGAGGAGGCGAAUCACGGCCGUGUCGUCUACGUGGCGUGUGACAACAACACCACCGCCGCCCACACGGACGGCGCUCACGCUCCCAGCGACCACAGCCAGCGGAGCCAGGAAGCGACCUCGGAGUUCGGGGGACGCGGCUACGGCUCAAGUAGCGAGCCCGGCCGCUCGGAAUCCGGCUUGGGGAGCCAUGGCCUCGGUGGCGGAGCGGACGAGGAGCACGAGGAGGAGGAGCAGGAGGAGGAGGAGCAGGAGGAGGUUUGGGCGAGCGCGGAGGUUGGCGGACACGCCGGGUUGUCGCCCCGACCCGACCCCCGGCAGCGAUGGGAAGAGCCACCGCCGGACCGAUCGGGCGCCGUGGAGGAGGUCCGCUCUCGCGUGAUGGACUCGGCGGACUACUUUGGGGCGAGCCGGCCGGAGCCGGGGGCCGCGGCGACGUCGCCCACCCGCGGGAAGUCGCCCCGCAAAGUCCACCUGGGCUUCGAGGUCUCGGAGGAGGACGUGUCGAGCCACGACGAGGCGGCGCGUCUCGAGCCACGGCUGCGCAAGCGCCAGGCCCGGGCGGCCGCGGCGGCCGCCCACACGCUCGGCCGGGCCGACGGCGGCGGUGAAGACGAAGACGCGGCCGCCGCCGCCGCCGGCGCCGUGGAGGAGGAGGAGCGGAGGGGCGGCGGCGGCGGCGGCGGCGGCGGCGUCAUCAACAAGUGCAUCCUCGCCAUCCUCGUCGUCCUCGUGGUCCACACGCUCUUCUCGCAGAUGCUCGGCCUCUUCCACCCCGGCGACGAUUGGGCCAAGGAUGAGAACGGCGAGGGCCUCCUGGCGGGUGACGUAGUGGAGACGCCGCCGGAACAGCAGACCUACUGGUGGAACAUCUUCGGCGGUGGUGAGCCGGACGCGGCGGAGCCGGCGCUGCCACCGGAGCCGGGGACACCUGAGGCGGCGGCGUCGUCGGCGUCGUCGGCGUCAUCGGCGUCGUCGUCGGCGGCCGAGGAGGAGGAGGUGGAGGAGCGGUCACGGCUCUCGGACGUCGCCGCACGGAGAGGACCCAAGUUGGCGCGCCACGAACCGGCGGGCGACCUCGGGGGUGCCGCCGGCGCCGUGGAAGACGCGAACGUCUCGGACGGCGGCGGCGAAGACGUCUCGGAUUCCGACGAAUCGGAGGGCGAAGAAGAAGAAGCAGAAGAAGAAGAAGCAGAAGAAGAUUCAGAAGCAGGAGGCGGCGCGUCACGCGGGGAGACGUCGCGAGCGCCCGAGGCCGGGCCCGCACGGCCCGCGAGGCCUCCGCAUCGCAAGCGCUCCCCGGGGGAAGGCGGCAAGGCCGGCGAGCGAGCCGGGCGACCGCGGUCGGGCGGGGAGGGACGGCGAGCGCCGGGGAAGCCCGGCAAGGACGGCGGCGGGGGGGCGUCGGCGCGUCCGCACGACGGCGGGCGCCGCGACAAGAGGGGCGACCGCGGCUCCGCGCCGACCGGCAAAACCGCACGGCGAGCGGCGGCAGCGGCGGCAGCGGCGGCGUCACGGCCCCGAGGGACGCGGAGCCGCCCGGAGCGAGCGGCACGGCGAGCGGCGGUCGCCGCCCCCCGCGCACGAGGAGGGCGACGCGGGGGCGGAGAAGCGGGGGGCGGCGGGAGCGCUUCCACGUGCGGGCUCCCGAGAACUGCAGCGGCGUGGAGGACUGCGCCGCCCAGGAGUUCCUGCGCCUCUUCGGGAAGUCGCCGGGCCCCGUGCACGCCGGCGACUUUGCGCCGCUGCUCAGGGCCUACGCGGAGAGGCUGCGGGGCUUCGAGGGCUGGGAGGCGCUGGAGCGGCGCGUCGCUCCGUACUUCUCCGCCGCCACGGGCUUCUUUGCCCACGACCGGGCGCUCUUUCGCGACUUCGUGGAGGGCGUGGAGCACUUCCUGGAGGACUACGCGGAGGAGAAGCUGGGGUACCGCGACGACGACGACGACGACCUCGGCGAGGAGUUCGACGACUUCCUCUUCCGCGGGCUGCUCGGCGACGAGGACUUCGAGCGGUCGAGGAAAGCGAAGAAGCAAAGAAGCAAGGGGGAGGCGGACACGAAGUCAAGACGACGCUAGCGGAGGGCUGACGCCGUGACUGCUCGCGCGUCUCUCACCUCCUCUUCGCCCUCCUCACCCUCGCCCUCCUCGCCCUCCUCAUCCUCGGCUAGACGCCCUGCCUUAGAACAACAGCGCGACCUCUUGACCUGACCCUGCCUGGGCUGCCCUAACAUGGUGGAGAGAGCGAGAGAGAUUUAAAGCGCCAAUCCCAUCGCGGCGUCACAUAGAGGAGGCUUUCAUCCAGCUGUGUGUUAAUCACGGCUGAUGACGACGAUAAGACCACCAAAAGUGACCCACAAAUUAACAACGGGGGUAGAGUGGGUGGGUGCGGUAGCACAGGCACCGCCACUGCAGGAUAGGGGUUGGGUUUCGGAUCCCCGGGUUAGGGGGGUGCCAGCUCCAGAGCCCUGCUCAGCCAGUCUGGGUCGCUCAAAGUGCUCGUGUGUUCGGUCGGCUGAUGCGGUUCGUGAUUCGGCGUGCGGUCGGUGAUUCUGGUUCGCCGGUGUGGUUGCGAUGGCGUUUCGAAUGCUGGGCAACCGGGUUGCUGGUCACGAUAGACCCCCUACGGGCAGGGCAGGGCAGGGAUGGGUUGUCUGGUUGGCCUGGUGGGUUCUGGCCAGCGUGGUAAGUGUGCGUGGGUAGAGGGUCUGGUUGGCCACGUGGGUUCUGGGAUAGUGGCACAGCUGGUGUCCCUGGCCAGCGUGGUAAGUGUGCGUGGGUAGAGGGUCUGGUUGGCCACGUGGGUUCUGGGAUAGUGGCACAGCUGGUGUCCCUGGCACAGGGUAAGUGUGCGUGGGUAGAGGGUCUGGUUGGCCACGUGGGUUCUGGGAUAGUGGCACAGCUGGUGUCCCUGGCCAGCGUGGUAAGUGUGCGUGGGUAGAGGGCAGAGGGUCUGGUCGGCCGGCGUGAGAGCGAGGUUGGUGAUCGCGAACUCGCGAAGCUAAUUAACGUCGCCCAAUCUCCCCCUCCUCCCUCCGCCUCCCCCCCCGUCCCUCCACCACGUUGCCUUUUCCCUCCGCAAGAAUGGACGUCAAGCCGAGGAGAAGUACACUUUGGUAUUGGCGGUGUUAUCCCGUGGCACAAGGCGACCACAGAUUAUCGUUAACGUCAUUAUUAUUGUUGUUGUGAUAAUAAUUUACUACACCCGAGUCUCGAGACUCCUUGAUCAGGAGGUUCCUGUCAAGGAUUAUUAUUUCACUUUUCCUUCCCAGUAGGGGAUGACGAUUGCUGCUGUGUUUCCCUCUCCCCUCCAGAUGGAGUAGUUUCUGUGAGAGCACUUUUAUUUAAAAUUAUAAUAAUUA